GUUAUAUGCCUGUUAAUCAUCCUAUGAACCAUUUUGAACAACAUAUGAAAAAGGCUAAGUGUCUCAUUUUUACAUACUGUACUACUUUUGGACGUUGAAGAUAAAUAAGUGGAGGGGACUCUGUGUAGAGAUUGAUUUAAAUCAGGGUGAUGCGGAAUACAAACACAAAAGUGAAAUAUCAAUAAAUUGUUUAUUCAUACGACAAUAAAACUAGUCAUAGUUUUUACUAAGGUACUUUUAUAUAAGUUAUUUCAAAAAUCUGAAAGGUCAUAGAAUAAAACGGCGAGAAGUUAUUAAACUGAAUAGCUGUACAAAUCCAUGCUGUCUACAACCUCCCAGAUGUUAAGACACACAACAAAAUACACCGCCUCAGACCAGUUCCCCUGAUUUUCCAACUCUUACCGCUCCAUUGGCGCAGUUGCCGAUUGCAUUAAACAUCAGACCUAUAUACAAGUGUAUAUAUACCUACCCUGAAUCAUGACUAGAAGAUUAAGAGAUUGGGUAUAUAUAUCGAUCACCGAGGACUGUUCUGGCAAUAGACGCUGUGCGUUCACACGGGCACCUGCUGGACGGGAGUCGCAAUCAUGAAGACCGUUACAUCACUGAUCCUCCUCGUUUGCUGUUGGUCUAUGGCAAUGGUCCAUGGACAAAAGGGGCCCACAUUACCGGGCAUGACCAAGCCGCCAUCAACUGGAAAGACCGGGUCUUCUGGGUUCGUAGGAGGCUUUACCCGUCCAUCCGGGUCCGUAGGAGGCUUUACCAUGCCAGGAAUGACCCGACCUUCUGGGUCCGUAGGAGGGUUUACCCGUCCUUCUGGGUCCAUAGGAGGUUUUACCCGUCCUUCUGGGUCCGUAGGAGGCUUUACUCGUCCUUCCAUGCCAGGAAUGACCCGUCCUUCUGGGUCCGUAGGAGGGUUUACCCGUCCUUCUGGGUCCAUAGGAGGUUUUACCCGUCCUUCUGGGUCUGUAGGAGGCUUUACUCGUCCUUCCAUGCCAGGAAUGACCCGUCCUUCUGGGUCCAUAGGAGGCUUUACUCGUCCUUCUGGGUCCGUAGGAGGUUUUACCCGUCCUUCUGGGUCCGUAGGAGGCUUUACUCGUCCUUCUGGGUCCGUAGGAGGUUUUACCCGUCCUUCUAUGCCAGGAGGAAUGACUCUUCCCUCCAUGGGCACUGGAAUUGGCGGGUUUACCCUUCCACCAAAACCCAAAAUAGACUUCCGUUGUCCGAAAGAAUGUCCAGUUUGUCAAACAUUGAAGAAUCCCCUGUCAAAGCCCUGUACAGCUGUAGACGAGUUUGGGGACAUUAAAGCAGAUUUUGAAAAUAAAUUGAACAGCAAACGGAAGGAUAUUCUCCAAGAAAUCAAGGAUUUAGGCACAUUCAAAGCUAACAUGGAUUCGCGUACGUGCAAUGGAAUGAUUAAACAUAUUGACAUAUAUGGCAAGAUGGACAGAAAUACCAGGGAUAAACUGAAGAAUUUCAUGCAAGACCCAUCCUCUGUCAGCUCUGACGACAUGAAGAAGUUCCCCAAAGAAGUCUUCUCCUCCCUCAACGACAAGAAUGGCACUUUCGUGUUCCAAAACAUGGACGCCAGGCAAAAAGUGGAGCUUUGUAAGGAUGUCAGGUAUAUGGACUGCAUGACCAGAUCGGAGAUUACCAAAAAGAUCAACUGCGCACGCGCAUUAGUUGAUGGUGGGAAAUCCAUUAGCAAACAAGACGCCAAGAGCAUGAUGGACGUUAGAAGUUGUUCAAAUUGGGACAGGGAAAAGUGGAACCUUACUCUCCAAAACUUUCCGGAAAUUCUCAAAGCCGAUUGUCUUAAAGCUGCUCCUACAGACCUUCUAAUGGACAACAUGGAUGUGAUGAGCGGGAAAUGUAAUGACUUCAGUAAGCGGGACAUUCAGGUCUUCGCCAAUAUAACUAGUGAAAAAAUCAAGGAGAAGAAAAACAGAGGUCAAAUGCAACAGAAAGAAAAGAAUGACUGGGUCAACCUUCUCUCCAAAUGUGGCGCGGAUCCAUCAUUUUUCAAAGAUGUUUUAGAUCCUAAAGAGACAUUGAGAACUGCUGAUUUGAGCAAAGCAUCAAGGGCAGAAAAAAUCAAGUUUGUAGAAGAUGCUUUGAAAACCGUGAGACCCUCUGAAUUCUCCAAGGACGAAAUUGCAAAUGCUGUUGGAGCUCUGGCUAAUGACCGAAAGGUACUCCGACAAAUGAACGCCUCGGCAAUCGAGGGAGCGGCCUGUGACGUAUGCAGUAAGGCCGACGAAAUUGACAAAUCCGACUUAAGGAAGUUUUCUGAGGUUGUGAUGGAACAGCCAUCUUUCAGAGAUCCCUCUGCCUUUGACCAGUCCACUAUCGCCUGUAUGGGAUGCAUGAUGCCUUACAUGAAGAAAAGCUCUUUUGAUAACAUCCCUGAAUCUGCUUUGCGGUCUGCCCUUACUUCCGGCAAUGUGAAGGAAAUGAAGAUGACUUCCAAAAAAAUGGGAAAGAAAGUUCUGGAAAAUGCCUUGACAGCUUUUAACAAACCAAACGGCAGAUUCUCUGACGCUGAUUUGAAAAAGAUGAAGGGAGCCCUAGGAUGUUUUGAACCAGCUGACAUUGACAAGAUUCCGGACGCCUCCUUCACAGCUGAUGUUCUGACCGACUUUGAGUCAGCCUUCUCCGCAGACGACAGGCCCAAAAAGUCCCUCAAAAUGAAACUUGUCGACAAAGUCAAAAAGCAGUCUGGUGGAAUAGCUAAGUUGGUUGCCAAUGGUUUGGGUAAAGAAUUGUCAACUGCCGAUUUGGAAGACGCCCCCAUCUCAAGCUUCCCAGAUCUUACUGGGGAUAACGGCGAGAGUACAAUCAAGUGCAACAAGAAACAGGCCCGAGUUUACAUGAAGAAAGUGAAGAGCGUCCUUGGAGACAUUAACGGUACCGACUCUAAUUUCACCCUGAUGAGACUGGCCAACAUGAAGCCAUUCCUUAGCGGACUGGAGGAUAAGGAUAUGAAGAAUAUCGAACAAGACGGAACAUUCUCCGACAAAAUCCACACCAUCGCCAAGGCCCCCGAAAUGUCACGUGAACAGUUGAAGACACUGACUGACUUGUACAAAUCUUACUCAAAAAUCGAAUCCACAGACGAAUCAACGUUCUCCUCCUCCAUCGACAGCAACACAGUCGAUAACAUGGCGCCCGAGAUUCUCGCCAAGUUGAGUAAAGCCGAGUUGAAGAAGUUCGGUACAAGCAACUGUGACGCCAUUGUUCAACGUUUGGCAGAAGCAGACGACAAAAGAUUGACAAAGGACGAGAUCAAAGAAAAGUUUGAGUUCAUUAAGGAAUGCAAGGGAAAGACUACCGGAACUUUGACCUCUGAUGACCUCUCAGAGGCGGGAAACAUGGUAGGUGGUCUUUCUUCGUCUGAUGCUGACAGAAUGGAUGCCGAUGCACUUGAAAAAAUGGGACCUACUCUUCAGAAAUGCAACUUAGAAUCCGCCACCAGGAAAAAGAUUGCCUCAAAUAUGAUCAGCAAAAUGUCCUUGACAGACACAAGCCAGAUUACGUCAUCUGGGUUCAUGGUUCUCGGAAACUUUAUGACAGAACUCACCGACACCCAAUUGGCAUCUAUGAAUAAGGAAACAGUGAAUGAUGCAACAGAUAAGAUCAUGGAGUCCUUCAAGGAGAACGAGGACAAGAGGAAAGAGAGGAAGAAGAACGCAGUGUCCAAGGAAUCCGAAUCCACAGAAGAUGACAGCUUCAAGGCUGGCAAGAAGAGGAUGGUGAAGUUUAUUGUCGGCGUAAAGGAGAGCUUAGGCGGACAGCAGGCGUCUGGACGUAGGAGGCGAUCUACAACUCCUUUGACAUGCACGGAUUUGACAGCUAUCGGAACAAGCGGAUUAUCAGCCCUGUCUACAACACAGAUCAGCAACAUUCAGGAUCAGGACUUUAAGGACUGUGCUGAGCUGUUAGGAUCAGUCACAGACUGGUCUGACGCACAGAAGGAGGCUUUGGUGGCAGUGGCUAAAAGAUCAACAGUCUGGAAUACUCCGUCAACUUGGACCACCACUAAUGUUUAUUCCGCCGGAUCCUUCAUUGGCGGAUUGACUACCGCUGAGAUUGACAGCCUCUCCAUCAAUCUGGAUGCCAUAUCUCGAAUGGGAACUUUCAGUGAUUGGGUUGACAGCAAGAAACAAGCAGUAUUCAGUCGCUGGUUGGCCUAUGAAAAAUCGUCAAAUCCCGCCACCAUUACCUCCAGUGAGCUCCGAUCUCUUGGUCACAUGACCUGCGGUGCCAGCACGGGCCAUAUUGCUACUAUUCUCUCUUCAGUUUACAAGGCAUCUGCUGACACUGUUGGUGAGGUCACAACUUGCUCAGAAUUUCAGCUGCAGUCUUGGAUUGCGCAUGCCAAGACCGAGUACGGAACCUACACACAGUGGGACAGCGCCACUAUAUCCAGCGUGGGCAUUGUGAUGGGUGGUUUGACUGCCUCUGAGAUCUCAAGUCUAACGGAAACUCAAAUUGACAGUAUUUCCGCUUUUGACAUGUCCCAUAUCCCAGCCACAGCUUUUGCAGGUUUUAGCAGCACCCAGAUUUACACCUUUGACCCCGCCCAGGCCCAGGCCGUGACCGCGUCACAGAGGGCCGCCCUCAGCUCCUCCCAGCUCUCAGCCCUGUCCUCCGUAUCAGGAAUCAGCUACAGCAACACCGCAGCUGGUGCCCAGUGCUCUGUAUUCUUGGCUAUCCUGUUAGCUUCAUUGGCUCAGUUUAUCAACAUGGCAUAGACGCAAUCUUCCCUCUCUUUAGAUGUGAAAUUUAGCUGCUAUCAAAUAAAUGUUAGUUGUUAAACCAUUAAACUCGGCGGUUCUUAUUUGUUGUACAUGUAUAUAAUAUUUGGUGACGAACUUUUGGUCGUACUAUCGUUCUUGUUACAACAGAAGAAAAAUCUUGAGAAAGUGCUUAUUUUUUUAUAUAUACCUCUUGUUAGAUACUUUUAUUUAAAUUUUAUAUUAAAUACUUUUCUAGAAA